AUGGACGUCAAUAAUGAUACGAGUCAACGGCUUGACAACAACAACAACACCCCUCCUAUCCCUCUUCCUGCCCCCGAAACUGUGCCCACGCUAGCAGCAACGAAUCCGACGCGAAAACGGCGUAGACCUGCUUUAUCUUGUGCGGAGUGUCGUCGCCGCAAGAUCAAAUGUGACCGCAAUAUCCCUUGCGGCCAAUGUACGCAAUCUAAAAGUGCUACUUGCACAUACAGCCCGGAAAGCUUCACAGCAAGAAAUGCUCCGAACGCUAAACUGGGCGCCGCAGCGUCUUCAUCCGGGGUAGUUGCGGGCCCCUCCGUGGUAGAAGGGACGGCGGACAUUCAAACCCACAGAGUAUCUAAAAAUGCGAGUCCCCCGCCUCAGCCUAGUCCAGCCGUCUCAGAUAAUCUCCCCGACGACCAUUCGUGCAUCUCGCAGUUGAAGAAUCCGGGUGCGAGUAAUCAAGCCGGACAAAACUCCGGCCAUGUUGAAGAACUCGUUCAACGUGUCCAAAAGCUGGAGCAAUUGUUAGCGUCUACGUCAAUCGUAGGCCAUGGCGAUGGGUCGCCAAGUGUGUCUCGAGUCCCGGCAAAGGAUCUUCGAGGGAACAUGUCAAAGACUCGCUUUUAUGGGCAGAGCCAUUGGAUGCACGCCUUCGCUCAGGCCAGGAAAAUCAUGUGUUUUGAAUUCAAUCUUGCAGGUAAUGGCAGUAUAAACCUGGCAGACAAAGCGGCUGAUAUUGAGCUAAACGCGCUCAUUAACAAAUCCAAGGUAAUAGCCAGAAAGAUAAAAGCAGCACAGGAGCCCCAGUGGCCUCUAUGGGGCUCAGAUUAUAAACAAUUUAUGCCGCCCCGGGAGCUCGCUGAUAGAUUGGUACAUAUGUACUUGCGGACUUAUGAGUCUAUUCACAGGAUCUUGCACGUACCGUCUUUCCAUAAAGAAUAUGCCCAAUAUUGGAAGUCGCCCCAAACGGCGCCAAUAAGCUCAACUAUCAAAAUAUUUCUAGUUCUAGCUAUUGGUACUUGUUUCUAUCGGGGAGGUGAUUUUGAAGAUUUGCGUCGCCAGGCACAACAAUGGAUAUACGCUGCCCAGUCAUGGUUAUCAGCGCCAAAUGAAAAAGGGCGGUUGAAUACCUCUACAAUCCAAGUCCAGUGUCUGCUAUUACUGGCUCGCCCUAUAUAUAAUAUUGGCGGCGAUAUGAUCUGGAUCACAGCUGGUUCAGUCAUGAGGGCAGCCAUCAACAUGGGCUUUCAUCGAGAUCCGAAACACUUCCCUCGAAUCUCGAUGUUACAUGGUGAGGUACGACGAAGACUAUGGGCAACUAUUCUGGAGAUAAAUAUCAUUUCUUCUCUGGAUUCGGGGAUGCCGCCACUGAUCUCACUACAAGACUUUGACACCGAAGCUCCUGCCAAUAUUGACGAUGAAGAUAUUUCUGAGUCAAGCGUUACUCGUCCGACAUCAAAGCCCUGGGGUGUUUUCACGCAGACUUCGAUUCAACUUGCUGCCUUAAGUUCUCUGCCUACAAGACUUGAGGUCACUCGCCUAACCAACGAUUUCCGCUACGAGCCGACGUAUGAUGAAGUGAUCCGUCUUGGUGGGGAGUUGAUGAAAACUUAUAAAGAAAAUCACCGAUUCAUGUGCCAAGCAUCACAGGCAGCAAAUCAAGGUCAUCAAAUGGCAACACAGCUACGUCGUAAACUCCUAGACCUCACAACCCAGCGUCUGAUACUGGCAUUACAUCGCCCCUUUGCCAUGAAAGCAAAAACGGAUCCCCGGUUUUACUAUUCCCAUAAAACGUAUCUCGAUUGCGCAAUGGCUGUCCUCGCCCACCCAGAACUCGACUCAAGUACUCCUCCAGCCACCCCCGAUAACGGGGAAUUGCAGGAUGAUUACACUCGACUUCGUCUUGUGAGCGGUGGUUUCCUCAAAGAAAUCAUCAUCCACGCCGCAAUCGUCAUCUACCUCGAAGUAAUCCAGCCCCUCGAAGAAGAUCCCUCCCUCUCCUUCAGCCAUGAGCGCAAACUAUACCGCGCACCCUUUCGUCGUCUCCUGGAAGAAGUUCUCGAGCUCUCAGGGCAGCGCAUACAGCUCGGAGAAACGAACGCCAAAGGCCAUCUCAUGUUUUCCAUAGCCCUAGCGCAUAUCGAUGCGAUGGAAACGGGACAGCCUUCUGAGGAAGCUAUUAUUCAGGCGGCAAGAAAAAGCAUCACGCUAUGCUGCAAGUGGUUGGAGGCUAGAAUGCCGCCCUUGGAGGAUGAUGGAAAGGGAAACGUAAAACAGCAGGAAUACGGCACUGCUGCCGAAUCCACCAAUUCCGCAGAGUGGCCGGCUGAUGAUAUGGAUUUUACGAUGCAGGAUUGGUCUAUGAUGGAUUUUAGUGCGCCCGACACUUGGUUAUUCCCUGCGUGGGUUGAUGAGAGCAAUAGUUGGGAGUGA